AUGGGGCAUGCUAUGCACCAAUUCAAGGCUCUGUUUUGGAAAAAUUGGCUCUGCCGUGUGAGGCAACCGGUCCUUUCUCUCACUGAAAUACUGUGGCCAUGUGUACUUUUCUUGAUUCUAGCUGCCAUCCGCUUCCAGGAGCCCCCAAAAUACAAGGAAAACUGUUACUUAGAAGCUCGUGACUUACCGAGUCGGGGCCUUUAUCCUUUCAUGCGGACCCUUUUCUGUAACGUUGGUUCAAGAUGCAGGAAUACCAGUUACACAGCGCAGAGACACGGCCGCUUUAGUGCAAGCACCCACAGUGGUUCAGAGAGAGCCACUGGACCUGAUCUAGGCUUCAUGGAAGAGAUAGAAGAACUUGCAAAGGAAUUUAUUGAUACUACAGAGAAAGCCAUGGCCUUAGAAAAGCUAUGGGAAGAAAACUCAAGGCUCUCAGGGCUCCAUAACAUCACCACUUUUCUUACUAUGGAUUUGAAUGAAGCAGAGAAAAUUAUUUCUAGAGCAGAAAAUCUGUACAAGCAACCAUAUUUCUGGAACCUUCUGCAUUCACUCCCUCAUCUUGAACUGAACAGCUUUUAUACAGAAGAUGAGGUAGCUACCAUAACACAGUUUCUAAAAGUUAUUCAAAAUACCUUAGCAUCACUGAAGGAUUUAGCUAUGAUGCCACUGGGCAAAAGUUUCUAUGAAGUGGUGAAAAUGGCACUGAAUUUGACUGCUGCAUCAGUACAGGAUAGCAGCUUAGAAGGUUUUCAGUACAAUCUUUCUUUUGGAGAUGUUUUGUGGAAUCCGCUUGCUGUGAAAGCAGAACUUGAAUCCAGGUUUGGUUUUGAUGGCCCUCAUAUUGAGAAGGUAUUAAGUUAUACAGCACGAUUAACAGAGAUUCCCACAGGAGAGACACUGGAGCAGUUUGUGUGCUCUGCUCUGGCUGUUGUCCCAGAAGAUGAAGCAAACAAAGAGAAUAAUGGAGAGGGCCGUAAUUCUCCACAGCAUGAGGCCAAACUGUAUCUUGUUCAUGCUGUCAGCAAGUUCAAACUCUAUGCACGGGUACUUGAGCAAUGGCUUGACAGCAGCAGUCUCUCUCAGAAUUUCCUUUUGGAACUUAGAAGAAUCAUGGCUGAUUUGAUGUCUCAAUUUCUAGAUGACAGGGAAGGCAGGAAACUUUUUUCAGAGAUAAAUACCCUGAUCCAGUCAUGGAAUGAGAAAUCAGAUGCCUAUUUUUCAGAAGGAUAUGUUUCAUCUCGUGAUUGUUCAAAAGCCUGUAUACAAUCAAAUAAUUGUGCUGAUGCUUACAUAUUCUGGAAAAGAAAUGUUUCAGAAUAUAGCUUCCUGCCUCGUGAUUGUGGACACUUGCAAAGAAAUCUCUUUGAAGCUGAAUCAUUGUCUGGUGAUCAUGUCAAUGUCUCAUUUAGCACAAUUCCUGGAGUGAGUAAUACCUCCUCUUUAUUUCUCUCCAAUGCAACUUUUAUGUAUAAGGUACAAGAAUUAGGAGAACUUGUGCAUGAUUUCCUCAGAAAUAUCCAAAAAUUAAACAGCACUAUUGUGGCCUCACUUGUUCCAAAAAUUCUCUCUCUGUACCAGAAUGAUGACCUGGUUUUAAAUAUUAAGAGCAAUAACACUGUGUUAAAACUUCUUUAUGAGGUUUCAAAAAGUAUGUCAUCUUCUCAAGUAUGGCAUGAUGUGCAAAAUAAGGAACUAGUUUUUGAUUUUCUGUUUGAAACUUUUGAUCUUCUCUGGAACCUCACCAGUAAGUCUCUCUGUGAAAAAUUACUAUUAAUUUACAAUUACACAGAGUUUCAGGCACAGUUUCUUGCACAGAAUGGAAAACAAGAUAUACAAGUUGUUUAUGACACUCUGAGCAGUCUUAAAACUUUAUUUAUAGAUGAAGAGCUCCAAACAGCUCUCUUAUGUUAUUUGGAAGAGUUUCUUGAUCUGCCUCCAGGAUGCUUGGUAAAUAAUGGGUGCACUGAUUUCUAUCUAGCAAACAUGAGUUCAGAAGAACAUUCAGCAGAGGUUUAUAACUUACUUCUGCUUCCAUUGGACAGUGUCCUGUCUGAUGUAACAAACUGGGGAGAUAAGGUAAGUGUGCCUUCUGCUUUGCACUGCACUUUUACAUGGCUUCAGGUGUGGACCGAGAUUUUUGAAGAAGCAUCGGAAAUCUUAAAUUUGAAUUCAACCUGGUUCGUCUGCCUGCGAGAUGAUUUGGCAUAUCUCUCUGAAAACCUUUUAAAUGUAACUCAAGAUGAACUCUGCAAUAAUACAGCUAUGGCUAUUGUUGAAGCUACAGGAGCAGCAAUGAAACUUUUAAAAUCUGUAUUUCAGGAACGUGGCAAUUCAAAUGACUUGAAAGAUCUUGAGGCUUUCCUUGUUAAUCUUCCAAGGGUAAUUAACAAUGCAUUUGAAGUCACAAACUUGCUUAAAGAUAGCAGUUUAGAAAGUGCUUUAGAGACAGUAGGAGCUGUGAUAACUAAAAUGCAGAAAUCUGUACUGAAGAUUGUUAAUGAAGAGGUUUUGAAUUCUUGGCUUGAUGCUUUCAUCUCAGGAGGAUCUGAGGGAGAAGAUAAGGGUGCUGGUGUAUUUUCCAUUGAAAAUUCCCUUUCUACUAUUCUUAAGCUCUCCCAAGAGGAACUUGAAAUUAUUCUUACUGAGAUAAAUGACACAUCUGCUUUUUUAAAAAGUGAUGAACACAAAACAUUUCCUCAGAAAAUGAUAGAAACAGCAGGUCUGAAUAUUGAACUGGUAAGGAAGGCACUUGAGGUUUUCAAGCCUCCUACAUUUGUUGUCUUUCCAUUAAGAGACGAAAAGGAGUUUCUAAAGCUUAUGGUUGCCUUGGUGCAAAACAUGAGAAACCUGGAUGUUGAGUUUUUGAUAAGUAGAUUCAAACAGGUCCAGGAGACCCUAGAAAAUUUCUUCAAAAAUGUCAAAUCUUUUAACCUUGAGAACUCUGGGUUAGGUACCUUAACAGACUGGUGGGAUGCAUUUGAGAACAUAUCAUGUUACUGGAACCUGACUGAUGUACACCAAAUAACACAGCUUUUUGAACACGAUGAGCACUACAAUACAGAAGAUGUGUUCAACCUCCUCUUUGAUGUCAUCAGCCUUACAGAAAGAUUGACUCAUGGAAAUGUUACAGAAGCACUAGCUGAAGUAUAUGCUUUCAUACUGACUCAGGAAGAAAAAAUGUCAAUGUUUACUGAUGAGGAGUUCUCUAACCAAGUUGAAGAUCUUUUAAUAUUGCUGGAGGCAUUGUCAGACAUCUCCAAUGAACCUGGAGAGACCUCCGCUUGUUUUUCUGCAGCAUUCUGCUGGACUCUCACAACAGCAACACCUGAAAGUGAUACCACUGUUAAACCUUGUGACUUGGUGCACACCAAUUCUACUCUUCAUUACAAUGCAGUCAUUGAAAUUAUUAAGGAGCUUAAACUCGUCACUCUGGAUGACAGUUUUGUUUGUUCUAUGGAGGACAUUCAGGUGGAUAUAAUUCAUAAUCUGACUUGCUUUUUUCAUCAGAUUAAGGAAUGGAACUCUAUCAUUUUGAAGUUUUCUGAGCUCCAUCAUAUAAAUAGCUCAGUUCUCAAAGAGCUGCUAGAUUUUUGGAAUGAGCUAUCCCUUUAUGCUGUGCCACUGCAGGUGAAUAAUACACAUGCAAUCAAUUGUUCCUCCACACCAAAGAGCCAAAUGGCUUUACGAAUCAUAGAAACUCUGGACAGUGUUUCAGUGUCAGAAAUGGAGAUGGCCAAAAGACUUCUUGAGCAGCUGAACAAUCUUUAUGGUGGCCGAAGUUGGAACAGAGAGUCAAGAACAUCACUUAAGAGUGUUCUUACUAAUGUUAAGAACAUGACUGGUGAAGUUUCCAGACUCCUGAAUACUGAAGCUGUCCUUUCUUUUCUUUCUGUAAUUCAGCCUUUGAUGAUGCUGUCAUCUGUUGGAAACCAGACACACACAGUGCUUAUGACAAUAUCAGCUUUAAGUGGGAACAUCAAUAUAACUGACAACUUUGAGAACUUCUUGUUUCCUGUUGUUACAAGCAUAGAAAAUUUAUUGGUGAAUUUCAGUGUUAGACACUUACUUGUGGUGAUAGAUCAAGAGUUUCAAUUACUAAAGUUGGCCACUGGACAGUCCUCUUCAAUGGCUCCUGAUGUUUUACUAGAGCAGUUUAAGACAUCAUCUGUAGAUGCUGUACCAAGAAAUUUUGAAGAUAUACAAGACAUUGUGAAGAGCAUGCUAUGCGAGUGUAACGAUAAAAAUUAUUCUAAAAUAAUGCAUAUUCUAAUUCUCCUUAUGACUAAUGAAAGUUCAUCAAAUGACCUACUGCUGGCUGUCAAAGAUAUUAUUGCCUUUCUGGAGCUAUUCCAAAAUAAGUCUAAGGACUAUACUGAAGAACCCAUUGUCUUUAGCAACAUUUUCUGUGCCAUUACAAAGUGUAAAGAUGGAUUAACGGGUCACUUUCUCCUCGCUGUCUUUGAAGGGAUUGCUGUGGUUCAAGAUCGUUAUCAGGAUGUUGGAAGAUACUUGACAGCUUUCAACAAGGGAGAUUGUGAGAGUAUGGCAUAUAUUAACCAAAAACUUUCCAAUGCUUUGGAGAGCUUUGUGGGAGUCUUGCAGAAUACCAGCAGAGACAGCUAUGUGAAAGUCAAAGAUUUUGUGAAGAAUAUUACUCAGUUGAGGCUGGACAUUGGUUCUUCUGUCAAUAUUUCUGAAGAAACUGUCAAUACCCUUUUGGAAGCCAGUGUAUCUCAUUCAGAGGUUCUUUACAGUGCCUUUGUGGUAGCUUUAACUGGAAGAUGUGAUGAAGAAGUACUUAGCCUGCUGCUAAAGCUCCCGGAAGACAAUAGAACUUCCCUGGUAGUGGAAGAAUUAUGCUCUUUACCAGCAGUGGACUUGUAUACCAUGUUUGUAUUGAUUAUACAAAAUUUGAAUGUACGCCACAUCAUUUACAAGGUCCAGAUACCACCUGAGAUAGGCAAUGUAUUAAAUAUGCUACUUGAUGUGGUUUCUAGUAUCAGUUCACUUCUCAAUAAAGUCCAACAUGUCAUGGAAAAGCUUCCAGUGUUCCUCCAAGGAAUUCAAAGUAUUGGUGUGCUUGACAUCUCUACAUUGCAGCAGUUUUUGCAGGGUGGGCAGUUCAGAAGUUCAGCUGUUGGAUCCCUGCAAUCUGUAAUCAAAGCAGUAUGUAAAGAAGAAUCUUCAUUUUUCAGCAAUGCAAACCUGUUCAUAGACAUGCCCAGAAUAACGGGACUUUUGGAGGAAAAUAUGGCAAAAUAUGGCAUUCCUGAAGACUCAACUCCUUUUUGCUUGAAGCUUUAUCAAGAGAUUUUGCAGGCUCCUAAUGGGGCUGUGCUGUGGACUUUCCUGAAACCUUUAUUACAUGGGAAGAUACUGUACAAUUCAAACAUCAGCAUGAUUGACCUGGUGAUGGAGAAGGCUAAUUUCACUUUUGGUUUUGUGGAAAACUUGAAGAGUUAUUCUGAGACAUGGCUUAGGAUGUCUGAGGUUUUCAAAACCAGUGGAAAUGUCCUCACAGUCUCACGACUGCAGGAAGCACUGCAAAACAAUUUUGUAAAGCAUUUCAUAGAAAGUAAUUUGGAUGUCAACAUGGAAAAACUUCUUAAAAAAAUGCAAGCAUAUGAAUCAGUUGUGUGGGGCGUCCUUGAGCCUCAGAAAAGCCUGAGACAGGGUUAUAACCAGGGAGCUGCACUGUCAAUAAGAAACCACCUGGAAACUAUGACGAACAAGAUGCUUAACAGCUCAGCAAGUAAACAGAUUGACCUGUUGACACGGCUUGUUGUAAAUAUCUCUUCCUGUGUGUUACUGGACCGUUUCCAGCCUUUUGACUCUAUAGAGAAAUUGGAGGAGAAGGCUCAUGAACUCAUCCAGGAAAAUAAUCUUUUGGCUAGUAUCCUCUUCAGUACACCAGAGGACAAGAAGCAAGAUUCCAGCAAUCUCCUUCCAAGACGCAUUUCAUAUACAAUUAGAACCAGUGUUCUCUACAGCAUGAGAACAGAUUUGAUUAAAAAUCCAACAUGGAAAUCCCACCCCCACAAGUUGCCAGCUGAUGGGUUUAAAUACAACCAUGUCUUUAUUCCUCUGCAAGAUAUGAUUGAAAGGGCAAUUAUUUCAGCACAGACUGGGACAGACACCUCAGAAACAGCAAUUCAGGUGCAAGCCAUGCCUUACCCUUGUCAUACCAGUGAUCUAUUCUUGAACAACAUAGGGUUUUUUUUCCCACUCAUGAUGAUGUUAACAUGGAUGGUUUCAGUUGCUGGUAUGGUUCGCAAGCUGGUUUAUGAAAGAGAAAUUCAUCUAGAAGAGUAUAUGAAGACAAUGGGUGUGUAUCCAGCCAUUCAUUUCUUUGCUUGGUUUUUGGAGAAUGUCAUUGUGCUCACAGUAAGCAGCUGUGCUCUGGCCAUCAUUUUAAAAGCAAGUGGUAUCUUUGCAUAUAGCAAUGGUUUCCUUAUCUUCCUUUUUCUCCUGGAAUUUGGAGUUACAGUCAUCAUGUUAAGCUACUUUUUGGGAGCGUUUUUCAGCAGUGCCGAUACAGCAGCUCUGUGUGCCAGCCUUGUCUAUAUGAUCAGCUUUUUACCCUACAUAGUUUUGUUGGUCUUGCAGAACCAGCUGAGUUUCACCAACCAGAUUAUAAUGUGUCUCCUUUCUACAACCGCCUUUGGGCAAGGAAUAUUUUUCAUUACAUAUUUUGAGGGCCAAGAAAUAGGAAUUCAGUGGGAUAAUCUGCACCAGUCAACGGCACAAGGAGGAUACAUGACCUUUGGAUGGAUGUGCUGGAUGAUGUUCUUUGACUCCAUUUUAUAUUUUGUAGGUGGCUGGUAUUUCAGCAAUAUUAUUCCUGGAAGAUUUGGAUUGAAGAACCAGUGGUAUUUUCCCUUUACUGUUUCCUACUGGAAGAACCUGUGUGGUACAGAGAGAAGCAAGAGACAUUAUCUGAAUUCUAACAUGUUUUUCUUCAAUGAAAACUUCCAAGAAAAAGGUUUCUCCCCUUUGGAGAACUCCCAGGGUAAUCAUGAAGGAGCCACCAUCGGUGUUGUGCUGCUGUCCCUCACCAAAGAGCACUUGGAUGGUCAGAAGGCGGCUGUCAAAGAUCUCAACCUCACUUUCCAUAAGGGCCAGAUAACUGCACUCCUGGGACCUAAUGGAGCUGGAAAGACAACGGUUAUAUCCCUGUUGACUGGUGUGUAUCCACCAAGCUCUGGUACCAUUAUUGUUGAUGGGAAGGACAUCCGGACUGAGCUGGCUGCCAUCAGGACAGAGCUGGGUGUCUGUCCCCAGUACGAUGUCCUGUUCAACACGCUGACGGUACGAGAGCAUCUCCUGCUUUAUGGGUCAGUGAAGGCACCAGGGUGGACAAAGGAACAGUUGGAUGAGCAAGUCAGUGGAGCUCUGGAAGAUGUAGAUUUAUCCCAACAUCAGUACAAACCUGUUGGAGCCCUUUCUGGGGGAAUGAAAAGGAGGCUGUCAAUUGCCAUCUCCUUCAUUGGAAACUCAAAGACAGUUGUUCUGGACGAGCCCACCAGUGGAGUAGAUCCAUGCUCUCGCCGUAGUAUCUGGGAUGUUCUUCUGAAGUACAAAGCUGGUUGUACCCUGAUUUUUACCACUCACCAUCUUGAUGAGGCCGAGGUGCUCAGUGAUCGCAUUGCCAUCCUGCAGCAUGGCCAGCUGAGGUGCUGUGGCUCUCCCUCUUAUCUGAGGGAGACAUAUGGCCAGGGACACAGUCUAACACUCAUAAAAAAGCCCUCUGUGUUUGAAAUCCAGGACCCUAAGCACAUUGUUCAGGUCACUUCUCUGGUACAGACCCACAUUCCAGAAGCCUUCUUGAAAGAUAACAGUGGAACUGAGCUGACCUAUGUGAUCCCAGAAAGGGCAGAUAAGACCUCUUUUAAAGGUCUUUUCCAAGAUUUAGAUCAAAACCUUCAGCAUCUACAUGUGACUGGCUAUGGCAUUUCUGACACAACUUUGGAAGAGUUUGAGCUUACAAGAAGUGGGGAGUGUGUGAAUAAGGCUCACUAUGAAAGCUUCUGCAAGGCUGAGGUUUUUCUGAGGCUGCUGCAGGAGUCAGAGAAGAUGCCCUAUGUUCCACAGGCAACACACCUGGACCAUACAGGUGGUGCUGAAUCAGUCUAUAUUUCACUUGCCGGAGCCUCGAGUAUGUGUGGAGCCCGUCUUGUUCUCACACAGAUUGUUGCCCUUCUGAUGAAGAGGUUUCACCACACAAGGCGAGACUGGAGAGGAAGCCUGUCAAAUGUGCUGCUGCCCGUCCUCUUUGUUGCGCUGGCAAUGGCCUUGUUUAGUGUGAAGCCGCUGGCUAUCGAUUAUCCUUCUCUCAAGCUGACACCAAGACUUUACGACAAUGCAGAAUCCUUCUUUAGCACUGAAGGUGGUGACCUAGGAAAACUUUCUCAGGUUCUACUGGGAUAUUUCUCUGAUUGGGACCACAGAUGCACAAGUUCACAACAUGGAAAAAAUAAUUCAUGCUGGCAGAUGGAAUCUAUGUCACCUCAGGAUUCAUGCAGAUGUGUGUCUGAACAGGAGAUGUGCCCAACUUUCAAUACCUCUGCUCCCUAUGUGAAGAAUAAGAAAGGACAUAUUUUUUAUAAUCUUUCAGGGUUCCCGGUGGAAGAGUAUUUAGCGAGGUCUUCCAACAAAACAAGAUAUGGUGGUUGGUCUUUUGGAGGGACGAAAAGAUUUGAACUUCAAGAUAAAAAAUUGAAUAACACCAAAUCUCAGCCUCUGGCUAAGGUGUGGUAUAACCAAAAAGGUUUCCAUUCACUGCCAUCCUACUUAAAUGAACUCAAUAACUUCAUUCUGUGGCUGAAUUUACCUUCUAAUGUGGAUUGGAGAGAGUAUGGUAUAACUCUCUACAGCCAACCAUAUGGAGGAGCCUUGUUGGAUGAGGACAAAAUAAUGGAGAAUGUUCGUCAGUGUGGGGUAGCACUGUGUAUCAUGCUGGGUUUCUCCAUCCUUACUGCAUCCAUUGGAAUUGCCAUAGUGAAGGACAGAGUAUCUGGGACAAAACGCCUGCAACACAUCACAGGCCUGGGUUACAAAACUUACUGGCUUGCUAACUUCUGCUGUGAUAUGCUGCUUUACAUGGUUCCAGUCACCCUUUGUGUUGGUGUUAUUAGUGCCUUCCAGCUAUCAGCCUUCACUUUCCGAAAGAACUUGGCAGCCACUGUUCUCCUGCUGAUACUCUUUGGAUAUGCAACUUUACCUUGGAUGUAUCUUGCAUCCAGAUUCUUCUCAAGUUCAGAUGUAGCUUUUAUUUCCUACAUCUCCUUAAAUUUUGUGUUUGGCCUGUGUACCAUGCUGGUGACUCUCUUACCUCGCUUGUUAGCUAUAAUUUCCAAAGUGCAGAGUUUUCAGAAAAUCUACAAUAUCCUCAAAUGGGCAUUCAUCAUAUUCCCACAAUUCUGCCUAGGCCAGGGCUUAAUAGAGCUUUCAUACAAUCAGAUCAAGUUUGACCUGACCAGGAACUUUGGAAUAGAUUCUUACGUGAGCCCCUUUGAGAUGGAUUUCCUGGGCUGGAUUUUUAUGGCAAUGUCCCUCCAGGGAACACUACUGCUUCUUUUACGUGUUUUCCUUCAUUGGGAUCUCCUCUGGAAAUCAAGGGGUAAUUGCUCAGUUAACAGCACAGACAGCCCUUCAGAAGAUGUUGAUGUAGAAAUGGAGCGACAGAGACUCUUUGGUGGAAGAACUGGUAAUGAUGUCCUACUUCUGUACAACCUCAGGAAGUGUUAUGGAGGUUUCAGUAAGAAGAACACAGUUGUGGAAAACAUAAGCUUGGGCAUACCAAGGGGAGAGUGUUUUGGACUCCUGGGAACAAAUGGAGCUGGGAAAAGCACAACAUUUAAGAUGCUGACUGGAGAUAUCAUCCCAUCUGCAGGACGUGCUGUUAUCAGGACUCCUACUGGGUCUGAAAUGGAUAUACUCUCUGCUAGCUCUGAAGGUAUUCUUAUUGGAUAUUGUCCACAACAAGAUGCUCUGGAUGGACUUUUAACAGGUUGGGAGCAUCUUUAUUAUUACUGCACACUGCGUGGAAUUCCAAAGCAGGAUAUCCCACAGGUUGCAGAGGACCUGGUUAACAGGUUACACCUCAGCUCUCAUGCCGAUAAACUGGUGAGAACAUACAGCGCUGGCACAAAGAGGAAGCUCUCUACUGCUGUGGCUUUAGUUGGUAAACCCCAAAUACUUCUACUGAGAAUAUUGAACCUCGCUUUCUUAAAACUUGACUGGGAAGAGCCAAACCAGUGCAAUAAACCUUUCAAAUCAGUCAGGGGCAGGAAAGCUGCUCCUCAGACUUCAGGGAAAUUCCUGGGCUUACAGGAAAAGAUCACAGGUUUCAGCUGGGAUUCCUUGCUGAAAAUACUCUGGCCAAAGCCAUACUCUUCUAAAAGUAUGGAAGAAUGUGAAGCUCUCUGCACAAGGCUUGCUAUUAUGGUCAAUGGAACUUUCAAGUGUCUUGGUUCUCCCCAGCACAUUAAAAACAGAUUUGGAGAGGGUUAUUCUGUCAAGGUUUGGCUUAGCAAAGAAAUAAGUUAUGGAAGAAUGAUUUUGGACUGUCUACAAAUGCAUUUUCCUGGAACACAGUUUAAGGGACAGCAUCUUAACCUGCUCGAGUACCAUGUACCAAGAAGUCAGGGAUGCUUAGCAGAGCUCUUCAGAGUCUUAGAGAAUCACAAAGUUUUUCUCCAAAUCAAACACUACUCCAUUAGCCAAACCACAUUAGAGCAGGUAUUCAUUAAUUUUGCAACUCAGCAACAAGGAGUCUCGCAUUCUUCACAAGGAUCCCCUGUUCUUCAUCAUGAUCAUCUCCCAGUCUAGACUCAGAACAGGAUACAGCUUCAACAUAUAUGUGUGUGUGUGUGUUUGCAUAUAUGUACACAAAGCUACAUGCAAUAACUUUUCAACAGUGAACAAUUUGUGUAUGAGAAGCAAAUAGUAGAAGCAGAGGUGAGUUUUCAUCUGUAGGCCAGAAGGAAUGAUACCAGUUUUUGGUUAAGCAAGAAACUGAUUAUGUGAACCAAAAAAUCCACCAAAAAAGUAAAGUUUUCUUAAUUUAACUGGAAUUUUAAAAUACAAAUGGCAUAUUUAAUGCAGAAAAAAAAGAAGGCUGAUCUGAAAUGGCUGAUCUGAAACGUCAGUGUAUAGCAGAUUUUUUUGGUGGUAGCUCUGCAUUCGACUAUAGUACUUUCUUGCAUGCAUACUUAAUAUCGAAUUUUUACAUGAUAAGACAAGAAAAAACAUUUGAAUGGUAGCAAUAGCUUCGCUACCAUCCAGUAUUUUUAUUUAAUCACAUAAAUUGAGAGCCUUUCAAUUUCUCUGUUAUUUCAGUUCUGUGUUGUGACAAGCUAAAUUAACCUUUUUUAUUGUAUAAAGGGUGCACUCUAUUCCAUAAGGCUUCAUGUUAAAGAGGUUAUUAGUGUACUAGCCUAGUCUGCCUCCCAGUUAUUUUAAGUAAAUUUAACAAAUUUUCAUAAAUCAUGAAAAUCAUGUCAUGACUUGACAAUGAGCCUAAGCCUGCAGGUUGCUGCUGGAAGUAUUCUCAAGUACCUUUUUAAUGACUUAGCUUGUUUUUCUCAUCUUUUUGUUUCCUUUUUCUUCAAAAAGAAUGUCAAAAUGCUGUUUAAUGGGAACACUAAAGGACAAUAAGAUAAAAAUUCAGACUGCGAUCAAUAAAUUUCUUAAUAAAUAUAUUAUGAUGCUAGAUACUUCAGACAAGGCCACAGUCUUCAGCCUGUAUUUGUGUAAAAUAAAUGAACAUUUAAUGGAUGAAAACUCCUUGUGUAUUGUGCUUGGAGAAAAAAGUGUGAAUUUUUUUGGUAGUAAUUUUCUGCCUCAUCCAAAACAAAUCUUUGAAGCUUCUAUGAAAUUAGCUCAUGCCAUGUUAUUGGACUACACUGCCAAAUAGCUGAAACCAGUGACUUAGAAGUUAUUUGCUGCAAUAUGAUUUUGGGUGGGCAGUGGUGAGGGAAGUUCACUUUGAGAUGGGAGUAUUU